GCAAAGCAACCACGAUCUUUUAGGAUGCUUUAUUGCGCCAUCUAGCGGCCGUUUUACAGUACACUGAAAGUUUGUAACACGAAACACGUAGGAAAGGUCAAUGAUAAGUGUAGGCGCUGGCACUCCCCGGGCCAUGUCCCUAUAAGGAAGCCUCGGCAGAUGGCUGUGACCGGGGACAUGCGCCUGACACGCCAGCCAGGAGAGGGCGGACAGAGCUCGGUCUCCGGCUGCAGAGCUUCCCCGCAUUCCCCGGAGUACCAGUGAGUGACACAGAAGCCAUGGAGGUGGAUCAAGCGGACGCAGAGCUCCAGGAGCCGGGCAGUAAGAAGAUUGACAUGUCCUUGGAUGAUAUUAUAAAGCUUCAAAAGGAAGAGUCAGAUCUUCAGUCCUCAUUGGCCCAAACAGGACAACCUGGCAGAACCAGAGGCACCAAUUUCCAAAACAAGAAACUCUUUAGAGUUCCACCAAGAAAUCAACGAGGACCUGGGAGGCCUAAUCCCGGAUUUAAACAGCAAAGGUUUCCUGGUGUCGCUAGCAGAAACAAUUCUAUUGGUCCAGUGACUCGCCGGAGAGCUGCUACAUCGCUGAAUGGUGUGAGCCCCCUCAAUCGGCUAAGUGUAAGAACACUGAAUUCUGGGAACAGGGGACAACAGCAGUCUCAGAGGGGCCAACAGAACAAAAAUAAUUACAGGACAAGAAAUGUUCCGGUGCAGGUAUUAACAAGGAGCAGGAAAAACAUACUGAACAGAAAACAGCAGCCAAAUGUUGGACGGAGGCAGCAAAUAACAAAUGCACUCAAUCGGAACAGAAAAUUAGCACCACAGGUCACACUGAAUCAUGGGAAAAGACAGCUAAAUGCAGGAAGGUGGCAAAACAAUGAGGGUUUCGGAUCAACUUUAACUGUUUCCGUUCCUAACCCUAAAGCAAGUCCUGUUUCACAAGCCACCAAAACCAGAAUGAAGCGACCUGGAGGCAGACCGAGGAAACCAGCAGGGCAGCUCACAGAUCCUCCUCCUAAAGGCGUACCCCUGAGAUUCAACUUCCGAGCUAUGGCCAAUCAUACUGAUGUUACACUGAAUGAGAGGUUUUCUUCUCUCAAGAUGAAAGGACAGUACGCACCAACAAGAGGACGGGGCCGGACAGUCAUGCUGUCUUAAUGUCAACUUAAUUUGCACGGAAGACAGGAAUACAGCUAAACAUCCGCUGGGCCUUCUGAUUUUGGAUACAGAUAUGUCACUUUUCAAUGCAAUGCAUUGCGGGCUCAAACUCCGAUAUAAUUACAGGAACAAUUUGUUUAGAUUUUUUUUUGAUAGAAUUGAUAUUAAUGGACCUUUCCAGCAAACACAGAAGACACCAUUGGAGUUUUUGUGACCGUGCCCUGCAGCUUUAUGUGUGUUGCAUUUAUCAAUAUCCUGUCAUUAUUCAUGCCGCCCUUAAAUGCUAAAUGUUAUUUGGAAAGAAGUUCAGCUUGCAACAGGAUAAAGCCUCUAUGCUCAUU